UAAAACCACUGUAAAACUAGGAAGAAAAAAAAGAAAAGAAAAGAAAUGGAAAAUUAUCCUUAUAACUCUUAUCCAGAUUCCGGCGACUCAUCGCCGCGAUCCAGAGAGAUCGAGUUCGAUAAUCCACCGCCGUGGGAGGAUCAAUCGCAGCAUCAACAAAGUUACAAGGCUAAGUUCAUGUGCAGCUAUGGUGGAAAGAUCCAUCCUCGGCCUCAUGAUAAUCAGUUAUCUUACAUCGGUGGGGAGACGAAGAUCCUGUCCGUUGAUCGGAACAUCAAAUUCUCCUCCAUGAUCGGUAAGCUCUCCGCUUUGUGCGGCGGUGGAGACGGCGACGUUUCGUUCAAGUACCAGCUCCCUGGCGAAGACCUCGACUCGCUUAUAUCUGUUACCAACGAUGAUGAUCUCGAACACAUGAUGCACGAAUACGAUCGACUUUAUCGAGCCUCGGCUAAACCGGCGAGGAUGCGGCUUUUCGUGUUUCCAAUGACCGGUUCCGUGAAUUUCGGGAGCGAGGGGUCGACUCCCGGUGAAAAAGCCGCUACGAUCCCGCAAAGUAAAGUCGAUUUCUUGUUUGGACUUGAAAAGGGGAUGGUUCCACCUCCGCCGGUUAAAAUCCGUGAUCAUGUGGUGGAACCGGUGAUCCCGCCGCCUCUGGUUCCGGAAGUCGUUGGGACGGAUCAUGGUUUGAAUCCAGGUGAAAUUCAAAGACAGAUACAAGAACUUCAGAGGCUUCAAAUUCGUGAUCGUGAACAAGAACAGCGCGCUAUUUAUAGGAAGAAAGCUGAAGACACCGCUGCUUCUAUACCUUACACAGGAGAAUACUACGCCCAGAAGUUACCUGAAAAAGUGCCACCGAUGACCGUACAACAGCACGUGCCGGCGACGGCUGGAUUCUGGCCGGAUAAACAUAUUUCGUCCGGGAGUUUCCAAACAACCAUAACAGCAGCUCCAGGCCCUCCACCGCCGGCGGAUCAUCCUGUUUACAUGAUCCCGGCACCAGUUCCAGGGCCAGCUCCGGCCACCCUCUACCACGCACCAGCACCAGUUCCCGCACCAGCACCGGCACCUGCACCACCACAAAUGGUUCGACCGGUAACCGGACAAACCGGUCAAGGCUACUACACCAACAUACAGAGAAUGCCACAUGAAGUUUACCGGGAUCAACCUGUUUUCAACAUGGUAGCACAACAACAACCUCCGCCGCCUACGCAACACCAACCUAUGUCGACCAUACCGCAGCAGGUGGUGAGGUCGCCGAGCGGUGGGGUGACAGAUGCAGCAUACACAAGUGGCAGCGUACGAUAGGCCAACUUACUAUACUGCGCCAGGGGCCGUCGUGCCACCUCAGUAUCAAGGCGUCGGCGUGGCGGUUAUGGGUGAAAAACUGGGCACUGUCGACAACAGUAAAGU